AUGGGCUCUAUCCCUACUCCCGGAUGGCGCCAGUUGAGCGUCGCUGUCAUUGGUGGCGGCAUUGGCGGCAUGUCGGUAGCAAUCGCCCUUCGCCGCGCUGGCCACCUGGUUACCAUCUACGAGAAGCACGACUUCGCCGGUGAAGUUGGCGCCUCAGUCUCUUGCGCUGCCAACGGCACUCGCUGGUUGCACGAGUGGGACGUCGACGUCGCAAAGGGCGACCCCGUGAUCCUGAAGAAGCUCAUCAACCGAGACUGGAAGACUGGCGAGCCCGUGAGCGUGUAUGACUUGGACGACUAUGAGAAGCGUUGGGGAUAUGUCUACAACAUGUUCCAUCGCCAAUACAUGCAUGCUAUGCUCAAGGAUACUGCCAUGGACGAGGCCGGCGAAGGAACCCCAGUAAAACUUCUCGUUAACUACAAGUGCCAAGAAAUCGACCUGGAGAAGGGCCUAAUCACUUUUGGGAAUGGAGUCACAGCGAACCAUGAGCUCAUCAUCGGCGCCGACGGCAUUGGAUCCGUUGUCCGCGGAAUCCUGGGCAUCCACCCCGCAAAGAAGCCUUCCGAGUCUAGCUGCCUCCACGCCAACGUCUUGACGGAAGAUGCCGUGAAGCUUGGACUGGUUGACUACUCGAAGAACGACGCUCUGGAGUACUGGGGUGGCCAAGAGGGCAAGUGGGACAAGAUUGUGCUGUCUCCCUGCAACGGAGGCAAGCUGCUUUCAUACUACUGCUUCUUCCCCCGAGCGGUCGGAGAUUAUACCACUCAGAGCUGGGGUGCCGAGGAUCGACCUACUGAGGAGCUCCUUGCUCCUUACCCCAACCUUGAUCCUCAGGUGCGUGAGCAUCUUAAGAUUGGCAAGGAGAUCCAGCCGUGGCGUCUCUGGGUGCACGAGCCCUACCCUUACAUCCAGAAGAGCAUGGUCUGCCUUUUGGGCGAUGCUGGUCACCCUAUGAUGCCUCAUCAGAGCCAGGGCGCCUGUAUGGCAAUUGAGGAUGCCGCUGCUCUCGGAAUUAUCUUCAACAAGGAUCACUUUAUUGGCGACGUCUCCGAGUCCCUCGCUGUGUACCAGGACAUCCGACUCCCACGAGCCACCCGAGUCCAGUCUGCUGCCGCGAAGGCCGCAUACAACAUUAACGAGAGAAUUGGAUUCUCGAACAAUAAGGGGAUAUCAACAUAUAAGGUCGAGGAUGAGAAGAACAAGCUCACCAUCGAGGAGAUGAAUGCAUAUGACAUGUAUGAAGAUGUCAAGGAGCAGAUCGCCCGCAGACGAGGCACUGCCUAUACCGAGGAGUUUGUGAAGGGUCUGCCUGUUGGACUGGAACUACCCAGCGGAAUUAUCGCUCGCUCUUGA